AGGGAAGAGUGGACAGAGCCCCUGAGGGAAAACCGAGGAAGCUUGCUCAGGGGAUGCUGAGUCGACAGCUUGGAUGGAGUGGGCAGACCCAACCUACAAAUCUACUGAGUCCACCAAAAUGAGGCCAGGUGGUGUAAGGACGAACAUACCAAACGGGGGUGACGGUGAUGUAACAGGUGUGGAGUGCCAGCCACGUGCUGGACGCCAAGCAAAACAGCCAGGGUGAGUGUAUGCAUCAUCCGUGUCUGGGAAGGAAGGCCACCAAAAGAAGUGAGUCUGGUGGAGAGACUUGAAGGAGGGAAGGGAGGCACCUUGCUGGCUGGGGGCGGGGAAGACAGAAUAAAAGUCUGCUGCGCUAGGAUUAGAGAGAGAAGGCCCAGGCCAGCGCUGGGAAGGGACGCCCCUCGUCCUUCCUACUCUACUUCUCCCAAAGCUUGUAAAUGCCCCAGGCAUGAGCCAGCCCAGGCCCCGCUACGUGGUAGACAGAGCUACCUACUCCCUCACCCUCUUCGAUGAUGAGUUCGAGAAAAAGGAUCGGACGUACCCACUGGGAGAAAAACUUCGCAACGCCUUCAGAUGUUCCUCGGCCAAGAUCAAAGCCACAGUGUUCAGGCUGCUCCCCGUACUCUCUUGGCUCCCCAAGUACAAGAUCAAAAAUUACAUCAUCCCUGACCUUCUUGGCGGCAUCAGCGGUGGAUCCAUCCAGGUCCCACAAGGCAUGGCAUUUGCUCUGCUGGCCAACCUUCCUGCGGUCAACGGCCUCUACUCCUCCUUCUUCCCCCUCCUGACCUACUUCUUCCUGGGGGGUAUCCACCAGAUGGUGCCAGGUACAUUUGCCGUUAUCAGCAUCCUGGUGGGUAACAUCUGUCUGCAGCUGGCCCCAGAGUCGAAAUUCCGGGUCUUCAACAAUGUCACCAAUGAGAGCCAUGUGGACACAGUGGCCAUGGAGGCCGAGAGGCUGCACGUGUCAGCAACGCUAGCCUGCCUGACUGCCAUCAUCCAGAUGGGCCUGGGCUUCGUGCAGUUCGGUUUUGUGGCCAUCUACCUCUCUGAGUCCUUCAUCCGGGGCUUCAUGACAGCCGCUGGUCUGCAGAUCCUGAUCUCCGUGCUCAAGUACAUCUUUGGACUGACCAUCCCCUCCUACACAGGCCCAGGGUCCAUCGUCUUUACCUUCAUUGACAUUUGCAAAAACCUCCCCCACACCAACAUCGCCUCGCUGCUCUUCGCCCUCAUCAGCAGCGUGUUCCUGGUGCUGGUGAAGGAGCUCAACACCCGCUUCAUGCACAAGAUCCGCUUCCCCAUCCCUACAGAAAUGAUCGUGGUAGUGGUGGCAACAGCUAUCUCUGGGGGCUGCAAGAUGCCCAAAAAGUAUCACAUGCAGAUCGUGGGAGAGAUCCAACGAGGGUUCCCCACUCCCGUGUUGCCUGUGGUUUCACAGUGGAAGGAUAUGAUUGGCACAGCCUUCUCCCUGGCCAUCGUGGGCUAUGUCAUCAACUUGGCUGUGGGCCGGACCCUGGCCAGCAAGCACGGCUAUGACGUGGAUUCCAACCAGCCCCAGCUUCCAAUCCUGUGCCCACAGGAGAUGAUCGCCCUGGGCUGCAGCAACUUCUUCGGCUCCUUCUUUAAAAUCCAUGUCAUUUGCUGUGCUCUCUCUGUCACUCUGGCUGUGGAUGGAGCUGGAGGAAAAUCCCAGAUGUCAAGCCUGUGCGUCUCCCUGGUGGUGAUGAUCACGAUGCUGGUCCUGGGGUCCUAUCUCUACCCUCUCCCCAAGGCUGUGCUAGGAGCCCUGAUUGCUGUCAACCUCAAGAACUCCCUCAAGCAACUCGCCGACCCCUACUACUUGUGGAGGAAGAGCAAGCUGGACUGUUGCGUCUGGGUGGUGAGCUUCCUCUCUGCCUUCUUCCUGAGCCUGCCGUAUGGUGUGGCAGUGGGUGUCGCCUUCUCCAUCCUGGUUGUGAUCUUCCAGACCCAAUUUCGAAAUGGCUAUACUUUGGCCCAAGUCAUGGACACUGACAUUUAUGUGAAUCCCAAGACCUAUAAUAGGGCCCAGGAAAUCCAAGGGAUAAAGAUCAUCACUUACUGCUCCCCUCUCUACUUUGCCAACUCAGAAAUCUUCAGGCAAAAGGUCACUGCCAAGACAGGUGUGGACCCCCAGAAAGUAUUGCUGGCCAAGCAAAAAUACCUCAAGAGGCAAGAGAAGGGGAAAACGGUGCCCAGGCCACAGAGGAAGUCCCUAUUUAUGAAAACCAAGACUGUCUCCCUGCAGGAGCUUCAGCAGGACUUUGAGAAUGGCUCCCCAACUGACCCCAACAACAACCAGACGCCUGCUAAUGGCGCCAGCGUGUCCUACAUCACCUUCAGCCCCGACAGCUCCACAGCUGCCAGUUGUGAGCCCCCGGCCGCUGCUGAGCCCAGUGACAUCCUGGCCAGUGUCCCACCCUUUGUCACCUUCCACACCCUCAUCUUCGACAUGAGUGGGGUCAGCUUUGUGGACUUGAUGGGCAUCAAAGCCCUAGCCAAGCUGAGCUCUACCUAUGGGAGGAUCGGUGUGAAGGUCUUCUUGGUGAACAUUCAUGCCCAGGUGUACAAUGACAUUAACCAUGGUGGAGUCUUCGAAGAUGGAUGCCUAGAGCGCAACCACGUCUUUCCCAGCAUACACGACGCAGUCCUGUUUGCCCAGGCAAAGGCCAGGGAAGUGGCCCCAGGAAUCAACUUCCAAGGGGCUCCAGUGGACCCUGAGCUCUCUUUGUAUGAUUCGGAGGAGGACAGUCCCAGCUGCUGGGACUUAGAGCAGGAGAUGUUUGGCAGCAUGUUUCACGCAGAGACCCUGACCGCCCUGUGAGGGCCCGGCCGGUUCCCGUGCUGCCUGCAGAGCACCUGGCACCUGGGACUCCCAUGAAGGAUGAGCCUGGGAUCGUGGAGAGUGGCGGGUAGAGGAGAACACCUCCACCAGGACUCCAGUACCUCUCCAUCCUCCUCGUCCUCUCUCAUUCCCCUCCCGGCCUCUCUAGAGCAAGCCAAUGUCGAUGGCAGGGAGAGACACCUCUUCACCCUUCUGUUGACCCUCAGGGCCCCAGCCAGAGAAUAGCAAACCUCCUGCUCACUCCACAGGCCCCACCCACACCCUGCCUGUGGCAGCUGACAGGACCCCCGGCUGCUGGACUUUAAGACUGAGCCAGGAACAGAGAGGAAGCCGUGUGCUGACGGAGAGUGCAAGCUUCGAAAGUGUCCCGGCGCCAGCAUGGCUUGGUGUCAGAUGGUGUCAAGCUGUCACAGGACCCAGAGACGAACUUGCUUAGGACUCUGUGGCUUGCCCUCUCCAGCUGCCCAGUCUGUCUCUGGCAGCUCUGUGCCCCUGGGACCAUGUGCACCCACAACCCAGGUAUCUCUGUCUUGGUGACUAUGUCCCCUUCCUCCUCAUCUCAAGGCUGCUGAGACCUCCACUACUAUUUAGCACAUCAGACUCUAGCCUGGGGAGUGGCUACCAGAGCUACCUCCCCAGGGGCAGCCCACCAAGGUAGCCACACCAGCCUCCUGAAACAUUAUCACUCCUCCUGCCCUCAAGGGCUGCUUCCUUCUACUUGAGACCAGGUAGGAACCCAAAAGGGACAGGGGGGUAGCUGGCAGAAUCCUCUGGCAACCCAGCAACAGAUACUAGUUAUUCUGCACAAAAGCUUUCCCUCUUUGUACUGGAGAUGUGGAGGGGCAGGGCGCGCUAGUACCAAUCCAGGGCAAACUGGUGGGACCUGGGCCCCGACAGUCUCCCUGACCUUAGAAAUGCCUCCCCCACUUGGGAAAUCUGCCUUGUCCUCUUUAUUUGGCAAAGAGCCAAUGAUUUUAACUCUUCCUUAUCAGCUUGGGGCCUGAAUCGUUCAGCCAGGCAAGGGAGGACACCCCACCAAGGGCGUAUCCCAACUGGGUACCAAGCACGGAGAAGGGUUGAUCCAGACUGGGUCUUCCUCCACAGGGAUUCCUUAACAAACUCAGGACCUGAGGCCAUCUCCUUCUAGGAGAGAUGAGAAGAGGGGUUAAGUUCUCUCUCUAUAUAAGAAGGUAGAGAAACCCCACUGUUGACUUGAAAAUAAAUAGGUUCCAUGUGCAAGUGUUUGGGAAAUUUUCCAUGGAAGUGCACCAAAAACCUUUUGGCCUCUCCCCACUGAUUCUCCCAAGUUCCUUCAAUGAAUGAUCCCUGACCAACAGGUUGGGCUGGCCCAGCCUGGAAAAAUGUCCGAAUUCCUAACUUCAGCCUGACCUGCACUGUGUGCCUGUGCAUUGAGUGAGCUGGUCAGCUAGCAAGUCUUCAUAGGGUUAAAAGAGGGGGUGCUGGUGAAGAGCCAACAGAUUCUUGGCCUACAAGCAUUGCUUCUUUGUGAAUUCAUUAUGCCAUCCGGCUGCCAAUGGAACUCAAAACUUGGAAGGCAGAAAACAAUGUUAUCUGGGAUUUACCGUGCCCAGCACCCGAAGUGCCAGAUUUUGAGAGGACAAGAACUGUAGCCAAUGAAAACUCACCCUCCCCUGCUCCACCUCCUGCAAAGUCCAGCUCAGGCCCAAGAGGUGUGGGAAGAUCACAGAGCCUCAGGACAUCCCAAGUUAGAGGUGCCUUGUGAACCAAGUGUCUAGAACCCUUCAGGACUUGAUGAAGUGACUGUUAAAACCCAGGCCAGCCCCAGACCAAAAGGUGAUUGCUGACUCACAGUGGCCUGGAGUUGGGGGCUCGAGGAGGGAUCCUGAACCAUGUCCAAGGGUGUAAGUACUCAUAGAGACCACAGUGGUUGUAAGAUCGGAAACACCUGGGGUGGAGGGAGGCCUUGAAGAGAACUUCACUGUUAGAAUACUUUGGAAAGAACAUAAAUUCACACAGACCACGCACUGGACAUGACUGAGGCAGGAAAGGAGAGCAAGAUAGUCAAAUAAUCCAGAAUUUCAAUACUUUUGAAUGUUCUUAGUUAUACUGACCAGCAAUGAUGUGGUUCCUGGAGAAGACCGGGACUCUUGAGAUAUUUGUGUAAUUUAUUUAAUUUAAACGCCAUUCUCCUGUUGUUCAUUUUGCUAAUAAAGUGGUUUUGAAA